AGUGAAGGCGUCACCACAAGAAGAAACAGUAAGAUCUUCCAAUUUACCAAUCUGUGUCUGAAAUGCAACAUCUGAUGGCAGAAACCCCCCUGACAGAAUGGAGCAGCGGUCUCUGCGACUGCUUUGAGGAUACAAGUUCUUGCUGCUAUGGGUUUUGGUGCAGCCCUUGUCUUGCCUGCAGUGUUUCGGGAAGAUUUGGAGAGAACUACUGUCUCCCACUGUGCGACAUCUUCAGCCCUGCGCUGGCAGUAAUCUGCGAUGUUCCUCUGUUUGCUCCUCCUGCAGCCUUGUCUCUCAGGUCUGCCAUGAGAAGCAAAUAUGGGAUCAAGGGUUCUCUGUGUAAGGACAUUGCAGUUUCCUGUUUCUGUGUGUGGUGCUCCUGGUGUCAGAUGCAUCGAGAGUUAAAAAAUCGAAAGAAAACCCCGGUUAUCAUCAACUUGCAAACACAAACUGUCGUCCACCACCUGCAGCCUGCUCCUGUCAUGAUGAUUCCUGCAAACCCUCCUCCUGUUGGAUUCAUGACCCAGGCAGAGGUCAUUCAGGCUUCAUACUGA